AGAAACGAGGCGCCCUCUGAAGGGCGGAAAACUAGCUCCCUACGAAGUGUGUACUAAGUCGGAAGAGCUUGACUUGGUCUGAAAUGGAAAACAUUUUGGAUCACUUGUAUACUUCCACGCCAUAUGACAGCCAAACCUCAGUAGAAUUCACCUACAAAAUGAGUGGAAAGGAAACUGAGGAUUUGGUGAAGCUGCGUGUGUCCAAUCAGCAUCUGUUCUCAGGGAAGAGGAAUGCUGCCAAGUAUGCAUGGAGGUCCAUUCUGAAGCACAUGGGGCUGCAGAGGACAGUGACACACUGCCAGGCCAGCAAGAAAUGGGACAACCUCAAAAAGAAGUACAAGGAGCUAAAGCACCCUCUGGAGGGUGUGAAGGUGUCCCCGGACCAGUGGCCGUUCUUCAGCCUGAUGAGUGAAGCUCUGGGGGGCCGUCUGUCAGGCAGCGCCCCCCUGCUGCUCCCCCAGACCUCAGCCAACACAGAGGACGACUUCCUGCCCAGCAGGAAGAGGAAGCGGACCCCCCUGCCACGCUCCACGCUGCGCCAGGGCCCCACGGAGGUGGAGGUUCUGCUCAGCGAGGAGGAGGGGAGUAGCAGGGAGAUGGAGCUGGAUAUGGAGGAGGAGGUGGAGAAGGAGCGAGCGACACUGGAGAGAGGCAGAGCGACGCUGGAGGGCGACAGAGCUCUGCUGGAGAGGGAGAUGCAGGCACUGCAGAGAGAGAAAGCAGGGAUGGAGAGAGAGAUGGCCGCCUUGGAGAGAGAGAGGGCCGUGAUGGAGAGAGAGAGGGCUGUGAUGGAGAGAGAGAGGGCUGUAAUGGAGGGAGAAAGAAGGAUGAUGGAGAAAGACAGGGCCGUGUUGAUCCGGGACAAACGUGUCCUGGACAGAGACCGCAAGGCUGUGGAGAGACUUGGGAGUGUAAGGGAUGGAGAGAUGAGAGCGGAGGAAGGAGAGGAGCAAGAGAGAGACUCAGCGCUGCAGGAGAGGAGGGAACGUUUCCUCAACCUGUUUGAGAAGCUGAUCGAAGCUCUCUGAGGUGGGAUGGUCAUUCUUUUUACGUUAAUUUAUUGAUUCAUUAUUGAAACUUGAGUAUACACUACUGUAUACAUAUUCUAUGUAUACAUAUAUAUAAAUAGAAUACGCAAUGCUUUUAUGAAAAAGUACCUGUGAAGCAGUACUAGAGCAUCUCUUCAUGAAUGUUUCUGUUUGUUGUUUAUGUUAAAAGUUUCUGUUUGUUGGUCAUGUUAAAAGUUUGUAGUGUUACGAGUUUCAAAGACAACGGUGAGCCACUCCCAGGUCGGAGAGGUCAUCAAUACAUCUUUAUUCAGUUGUGGUAUUUCCAUACAAAGCACACAAUAGCAAGCUAUUAUGGUUGUUAGCCCCCCCCCCCCCCCCCCCACACCCGGACCCCCACCACUCAUACAAUACGCUUAGAUUAUUUAUGAAUCAGCUAUUGUGCAUGGUCAAAACAUCACUUUGAAAUGUAU